AUGAAAGCUGCUGUUGUUACCGCAUUCAAGAAACCACUAGAAAUUAAACAGGUGGAAAUUCCAAAACCAGGUCCCAAUGAUGUAGUAAUCAAAAACAUCGCUUGUGGUGUUUGUCACACAGAUCUACAUGCUGCUCAUGGAGAUUGGGAUGUUAAACCCGAACUACCACGUAUACCCGGCCACGAAGGUAUCGGUGAAAUUGUUGAAUUAGGCUCAAUGGUCGGCAAUCAUUUAAAGAAAGGUGAUAUUAUCGGUGUACCAUGGUUACAUGCAACUUGUCUUCACUGUGAAUACUGUUUGACCGGCCGCGAAACACUUUGUAAACAACAAACGAACUCGGGAUAUUCAGUUGAUGGAUGUUUUGCUGAAUACGCACUUAUGGAUGCUAAUUUUGCCGUGAAAUUACCUGAAGGAAUGGAUCCGUACAAGUCCGCGCCUCUCUACUGUGCCGGUGUUACUGUAUAUAAAGCUUUGAAAGUUUCUCAAGUUCGACCUGGAGAAUGGGUGUCGAUCGUCGGUGUUGGCGGUCUUGGAUCAGUCGCUGUUAAAUACGCUGUCGCUAUGGGCAUGCGUGUCGCUACUGUAGUUGCUCCUAAUGAUAAGACUGCCGUAUCAUUAUCGAAAGAAAUGGGAGCCGAAGAAGUUUUCGAUGGCCCACCUGACCAACAUGGCAAAUGGAUGCAAGAAAAAAUCGGCGGUGUACACGCAGCUGUCAUCACUGUGCCCAUUGUUGCUGCUUUUGAACAAGCAUUUCAAUCCGUUCGACGUGGUGGUCGAGUUGUCGCUGUUGCCUUACCAAAUGGUAAAAUGGCUGUACCAAUUGUUGACUGUGUUUUAGGUGGAAUUGAAUUAGUCGGAUCAAUUGUUGGUACACGAAAAGAUUUGCAAGAGUGUCUUGAAAUCGCCAAACAUCACAAUAUUGAAUGUAAAGUUCAAAAACGCAAAAUAGAAGAUAUCAACGAAAUCUUUGAGGAUAUGCUCCAUUAUCGAAUCAGUGGUCGAGUUGUUCUGGAUUUUACCGCCAAAUAA